GUGAUUUAUAAAGAUAUUAUAUCAUUCUAAGAGAAGAGUCAGUGGUCACCGGAUAUGGUCGCAUACAGUGUGGUCCAUGGUAACUUAGCACGCCUGUACUUUCUCCUUGCAAUUUAGUGACAAGGGAUUAUCUUGAUGAGAUCUAUGUCUUAUAGAAAAAAAAAAGUUAAUAUACCUUUUCACUUUUUGAGGUACACAUAACACUCGGAUUUAAAUCCGAGGUUUUCGCAUUUAUUUAGAUUUUCUUCUGGUUUCGCAUGAUUCGUGAAUUUUCUUUUAAUUAUGUCUUUUAGAUACAUUAUGCAUCAGUGAAAUGGGAUAGAUGAAAUAGAGAAACGAAAGCAAAGAACAGACGUGUCAUCCGAUUUGAUAAAUGCAACAACGAAUAAGGAAAGUUGCUUUCCUUGUUGUUAAUUAUAUAAUAAAAGUAAAGAACUGUAUAAUUUAACCGUGGCAAAUGAAUCAUACUGUAUGAACUCAUACGUUUUAGAUAAAAAGAAAGAACAUUUGAUGUAUUUAUCUUUAUGACAAGGUCUUCAUUCCAAGAAGAUGAAAUUUGUGUAAUGCCAAUCUUAUCAAAAUAAAAUAUUUCACCACAAGCUGAAUAUAAUACUUCAUCACCACUAUCAUCUCUUACAGUGCCUAAACGUUGUCCAUCAAAAUUUGAAAAAGAAUGGUUAUCUGAUCCACAACAUUUUUCAUUUUUAAAUGAAUGCAAAAGUGAUGCAACAAAAGCAUUAUGUAUUACAUGUAAUAUUCAAUUUUUAAUUUAA